CGCGACAAUCGUCCGACUGGACCCCACGUGCUGCCGGAGGAUGUCUCAUUGUUCGGGAAACCAACGGCGAUUCGUGAAACCAUAGACGGAACCGUAGGGAGGACGAAGAAAAACCUCUCGCUUCUUUUUCCACGCUCGACAGUAGUGAAUCACGACGUACGAUUGGGCGGAGACUACCACCGGAAACGGGAAAGAGUGGUAAAUUUGGUGGUGAAGAGCGAGUGAGCGAGAGAGCAUGCGAGUGAGUUGACGAGGGGCAGGAACGGUGCUUCUCUCUUGUUUGUCGCACCGCGCGGAGGCGCAGUGCCGUCACGGCUUAUUUUGUAGCUAACGGAAAAACGGAGCUAAACGUAGCUAAACGACGCCCGACGCCCGACGCCGACACCACUCGUCGGCGCGACACUUUUCACCUACGCGUCUGAAAGAGAGAAAAAGAGAUCGCGAUCAGACGGGGUAACGCGACAAUAUUUUUCGUCGCUCUACACAAAAUUUAGAGGUCAGAGUUUACGGGACGUGUUGUUCGAGUGUGCCGAGUGGCAGAAGUAGACGGAGAGUUUUGAACGAGUCUCCCCCUCCGCGUCUCUCUCUCUACCUUGACUCGAAUCUGUCCAAGGAAAAAGCGGAAGACAGCCUUCUUUCUCCUUUUGUGUCUUUGAGAGCUUGGGCCAAGGCAUCGAUAGGAACAAACGAGCCAGCGCCGGUCGCGAACUGUUCCGCGGACUGCAAAAUCGUUCGUUGCCUGGGGUGGCGAUUAUACCGUGAAGUUGUAUCUCUGGCGGAAGCGUAACCCCGAGGACGAUCCAUGAUCGCCGAUCCGCGACGAUGCACCUUCCAUAUCGAUCUCUCUCGCGAGUGGCCGGGAUUGGAAUAGUCUCGCGGUAUUUGGCCAAAGGCUCGACGCGCGACUCGGACGAGUAGCAACGAAAAAAAAAAGGGAAAAAGAAAAAAAAAGAAACGAAAAAUGAACUCCUGCUUCCCGCAUUUGGCGAUACUGAAUCCGCGGACUGCGAACAAACCGAGGGACCGGCUCAACGACGAGUGCAACGUCGUAAACGCCGAGGACAUCCGGAUGCGAUCGAGGACUCCGACGACGUUACCGGGAAAGAAUGACGUCUUCCAAGACUUGGAUCUGUAUUACGUACGACAGAUCGCACGAAAUUCCAAGGAGCAUGACCUCGAACAGAAGAUCGAGGUAGAAAUCAAGAUGAGGGAAGGCUCGGCGAGACUUCUGGCGGCUGCGAAGCAUCGCGCCCAGAGCUUGGAAGCGGCCAAGGCAUUACUCACAUCUAACGAGAGGAUGUCGGUCUACAUGGCGGAAUUGCAAUGCCGCCGCCGCGAGUCUACUAAACAAUCGUGCAUUUCUGGAGGUAUGGGUAAGCUGUCGAUCUCGGAUCUUAGGAUACCAUUAAUGUGGAGAGAUUCCGAUCACUUCAAAAAUCGCGGUGAUCAUCGUCGGUUCGCCGUAUUCUGCUUAGCACGAUUGGGCACAGAAAUUCACGAUACCUCCUUGCUGUGCCCUAUCGACAGAGCUCAUACGGAUCUCAGUUUUCCUGAUGUCUUGAUUUUUAAUAACGUACCGACCGAGUUCGAAUUAGUCUUAGAAAUUUACAGCCACGUUUUGCAAGAGGAUUUAAGUAUCGCCAGCACGCCGAGAAGAAUUAAAAAGACGAUUCACUCGUCGAUUUCGAAAACCGUCGGCAAAAAGCUUGCCGCUUCGCUUCGUGACGAAUUCGGUUCCGCCAAAUCUGGUCCACACUUUGAUUUGGUAGCCCGCGCAAAACUGACCUUAGACGAUACGGACGAUAACACUCACACGCACGACCUCGUUAUUAAUAGCGUCGAGAACAAGUACCACUCUCUACCGCUUUUCGGACACUUUUGCUGUCGAUUGGCGGUACAGCCGGAAUGCAUCAACAAGGAGAUGUGCAUUGGCAAUGUAAAAGUAGACGGGCAAGAACAUUGGGCUCGUCUGCAAGGAUUUUAUAUAAAAAUAUGGGAAUCGAAGAAGCACGCGGAAGAAGGUCAAAAUCCGGAACGCAUAAUACCUAUUAAUAAAAGAACAAUCAUUCAACCGUCCAAAACUUCUGGCAAAGAACUUUUAAUAAAUAAUUCUUGCAAUAGUAUGGAAAAAUUGUUACCGAUUAAAUUUGAGUCAAAGGAGGAAGCUCAAAAGUGGUCAAAGAUCUUAUUGGUACACAUUAAUGAUAAUUCAAGAUGGAAACAUGCCGCGGAAGUUAUUCAAAGGGUGUCUAACAUUGAAAGCACGAGAAAUUCUUUUAUCAGUAAUAAAAGGCAGGGCUCCUUAUAUGACGAGACACCUUUAAUAGAAUCAAUCCCGGAUUACUCAUCCGCAAGACCUACCGUACAAACGAUCUUUGAUCUCACACCUAGUACUAGUCUAAGCAGUUGUAGUUCCACGAAUAGCCUGACAAGUCUACGUUCACGUUCACUGAGUAUCAGCGGCGUAUUUAAACAAGGUGCCAUUUCUUUAAAGCCCCACUUAACUUCCGCUAAUAAAAAGGCGUAACGACUUUAUAAUUCUUUUCGAAGAUUCAAGUGCUGAUAUGUACUACAAAUGAGGAUAUAUGCUAGAAGUUUCAAAUUUUGAUCCAAGAUUCAUGUUUACGCUAAACUGUAAUUGGUAUUUGAGAUGGAAAGAUCAAUAACUUUUCGAUUUAAGAAAAUAUUACAUUCUCUAAUUAACCUAAGAGAUUCUUAUUGCAGGAAAGAUUUUAAUUCGGUUGAAAGUGUAAUACAUAUUAAUAAUUCGAUAUAUGUAUGGACAACUUAGUGGAUAGAGUUAUAUAGUACAAAAGAUAUUGAUUAAAUAUUUCUCAUUUUUUUUCUUUUCUACUUUUAUAAUGCGGAAUCUUUAUAUAUCACUAAAAGUACAAGAGGAUAGCUCUAUUAUGAAAUAUGUUUAUGAGUUUAGAGAUUAGAAAAUAUUUACGAACACUGCAAUAUUUAGUAUGGCUGUAACGAGAUAUGCAUAUAUAUUUAUGUAUAUAUGGUAUAUAUUUAAUGUAAUAAUAUAUGACUAUAUAGAUAUAGUUAUACCUAAAUACAUUUACUUUUUCAAAAAUCCUGCAAUAUCUGAACACAUGAUUUAAAAGCAAGAUUUCAGUAGAUUAUUGAAAUACUUUUCUUGUACGUUAUGUCGAUAUGGUACAAUUAAGGGUACUUUUAAUGAAAAUAUCGGCUUAUGAUAUGUAUUCAAUAAUUGUGAUUAUAUAUAUUUUUAUAAGUAAAAAUAUUAAUUUACAUA